GCGUGCCUUUCAUCCGAUAAAAUGGAAAAUGUGCAAUAGGGGACAUUUUGGUGUGUGAAGGAAAAGCUGUAGUUUAAACACUUGAUAUUUUUUCCAGGAUGCAGUGACGCCACUUGGAGAGUUACGGUGUUUUUGUGCUGUGCAACGGCUCCAAGCGUCGCUGCAAGGUAAACAUGCAACAGACGAGGCGGACUCCCGGUGCUACCGACGUCUUUAUUUCCCUUUAGCUUCGGCAGGAGUUGUAAGGUACCCUGUGCAAGGAGUGUAGCGCAGAUAGCUUCUCUAUGACAAGAUAAAGCAUGGACGGGUGGAGCGCUAUCGCUGCCUCUGAUAACGAUCCGUCCAGCUCCGAAGGGGAGUACGUGGUGGAGCACGGACCCGAAGAAGAAGCGGUGGACGGGGAGCAGCGGCGGGGUAACGUGGAGGGGAUGGACGGCGCACACGGCGCUGCUGUCGGGUUUGGGAUGAGUGGGACGGGGGAGGGCAAAGUGGUGCUGGGUCGGCUCGGACAGAGAGACGACCAAGAACUGAGGUACCUGCACUUGCUGUGGGAGCCGGGGCGAGGAGAGCUUGGUGCGGGCGGUGUGGCGAGCAGGCUGGGGAAAAUAACGGGGAGCAGGGCCAAGCGACACCACAGAGCCGUGCGCAACCUGGGGCCCAUCGGCAAAGAUAUUUAUGCUUCAAAAAGACUGAGGGAAGCAGCGAACAGCAAUGAUAUCGACACAGUGCGAAAGCUCCUGCAAGAUGACAUAGACCCCUGUGCAGCAGAUGACAAAGGGAGGACGGCGCUUCAUUUCUCUUCCUGCAAUGGCAAUGAGAGCAUUGUGCAGUUGCUUCUGAGCCACGGUGCUGAUCCCAACCAGCGAGACAGCCUGGGGAAUACACCCCUACAUCUGGCGGCCUGUACCAACCAUGUGCCUGUAAUCACCACAUUGCUGAGAGGAGGAGCCCGAGUGGAUGCCCUCGACCGAGCUGGCAGGACCCCGCUGCAUUUAGCACGCUCCAAGCUAAACAUUUUGCAGGAGGGAGAUUCACGCAGCUUAGAAACACUGAGAGGGGAAGUCACACAGAUUAUUCAGAUGCUGAGGGAAUACCUGAAUUUAAUGGGCCAGAGCGAAGCUAAAGAGAGGCUGGAGCACAUUUCAACACAGCUGGAGCACACACGCACCAAAGAGCAGGUGGAUGAAGUGACUGAUUUACUGGCCAGUUUUACAUCACUCAGUCUACAGAAACAGAAUUUGGGCGAUCGGUAGAAGAUGAAACACUGAAGAAAUGAAGCUCAGCUCUUUUUUUUUUUUCCUAGCAAGCAUCUGCUUCACUAGCCUCGGCCAGGCUGAACCACCAUGCGGUUGUCUCCUAAACUCAGCGUUAAGAUAAAUUGGAUAGUUGUACCAUUUUGUUAUAUAUAUAUAUAUAUAUAUUUUUUUUUAGCCAAGAUAAGACCAUAAUUAUUUGGUCAGCACAGUUCUGAAACUGUGGGCUGUGCCCCACUGGUGGGGUACAGAGCCACUGCAUGUGGCUUAAUAUGAGUAUGAUUUUUUAUGUCUUUUGCUGAUGCCAUCACACUGACCUUUGUUUUGUUUUGUUUUUUUGUUUCAUUGUUAAUGACAAAAAUUGUGGGUUUUGGUGCUUGAACUCUUUUCAGCUUCUAAAGUGAGACGUAUCACUGGGUUAGCAGUGGUGAGGUUUUUGCAGUUUGUGGCUAAGGGGUCAUCUUGUCCAGACUGAUUAGAUGCUAAUCAUAAAAGAAUCCCCCGAGGACAAAAAAACGCACUGAGAAGAGGAAGCUGGUGGAAGAGAACCCAGAAGUGUGGCAGGACCUCGACUCUCUGUUGUGAGUGAAAGCAUUUGAGUCAAAGCGUGAAUGUGUUUGUGCGCUCGUGUUCUUUUAUUGGAGGUUACCAGAUGAGAGAAAAUGGUUCAGCAGUUAUCACUGUUGGGAUUUUGGUUUUCUUAUGAACAACCUCAUUGUAUUGUUGCCUUUUCUCUUGUGUUGCAUGUUUCUGUGUGAACUGUACUGUAAGAAUGAUUUGGUUGUUGGAAAUUGUUUCAAAUUAAUAAAUCAUUAUC